AUGGUUGCACAAGAUUUCUCAUUCUAUGCAUCUUUACGAGCACUUGCUAUAUUCGAAAAUAAUAAAAUGAAUAUGCAUAAUGAAAACACUAAUGCUGGUGCAGAUAUAAAUCAUCAAGAUUCAAAUAUCGAUAUAUCUACUGUAAAUGAUAUUACUUGUGAUUCUAAUAACAGUGAGGAUAAGAGUACUCGUAUUGCAGAAGUUGAAAAUUUUUUUCAGCGUAUUAUUAAUGAUAUAAAACAAAAUGUAGAUCCAGUUACUGGCCUUUUGGCAAGUGUUAGCGCUGUUACUGGCUUUUUGGAAGUGUCUAGUCGGGAUUUGGAAUUUCGC